AUGAGGCCCUCUAUGCUUUUCAAUGUCCUCAUUUUGUUUCUCUUCGUCCAAACCUCGUUCUGUGUCUCGCCCACAAUAAAAGACGUUUGUAGUAAAAUCUCUGGUGGCUCCGUCGACUACAACUUCUGCGUCCAAGCUCUUGAGGCCGAUCCUAAAAGCGAAGCUGCUGAUGUCCUCGGACUUGCAGCCAUUUCUCUGAAACUAUCCAUAGCCAAUGCCACAAGCAUUGAGUCCAAAAUAAUGGAGUUCUUGAAGAAUGUCUCGGAUCCAACCACGAAGGAAUCCAUGGAGACUUGCUCGCAUCUUUACGAGAAUACUACCAUAACAGUUCUCAAGCAGUCGGCGGAUUUCAUUGCAUCCAAAAACUUUACUGCAGCUGAAGACGUGAUUGGUUCUGCUUCCAUAGUGGGAAUAAUUUGUGCAGAAGAAUUAAGAGAAACGCCGCUGGCUAAAGACUGCGACAACCUCUCAAGGUUGAUUUUUUUGGCAACAGCCGUCAUCCAUGAAAUCCUUAGUACGAUCGACCUUCAUUUUUGA